AUGUCUACAACAGAUCCUAUUUCAAGAGAGGAAAAUGGAAAGGAACAGGUGUCUGCGGAACAAAUUCUUCAAGAAGUUUAUACCAGAAGGAAGCAAUUAAAAGUUAAGAAUGCAACAAAAGUGGAUAUCUUGGAUUUAGAAGAAUUAAAGGAAUACCAGGGUAAAAAACGAACAGAGUUUGAAACAUAUUUGAGAAGAAAUCGUCUUGAUGUGGGGCAAUGGAUGCGUUAUGCACUUUUUGAAGUGGAGCAACAUGAUAUUCGAAGAGCUAGAUCUGUCUUUGAAAGGGCCUUAUUGGUGAAUAAUUCAUAUAUCCCAUUGUGGAUUCGAUAUAUUGAUGCAGAAUUGAAAUUGAAAUGUAUAAACCAUGCAAGGAAUCUGUUGGAUAGGGCCAUAACAACUCUUCCGAGAGUGGAUAAACUUUGGUAUAAAUACUUAUUUGUGGAAGAAUCAUUACAAAACUGGGAUGUGGUUAGAUCAUUAUUUAGGAAAUGGUGUUCUUUGGAACCAGGUAUCAAUGCUUGGAAAUCAUAUGUGGAUUUUGAAACAAGGCAAAACAAUUGGAAUAACGUUAGAGAAGUUUAUUCCAAAUAUGUUGCUAUUCAUCCAAAAGUGGCCACUUGGUUAAGUUGGGUAAAAUUUGAGAUGGUUCAUGGAGAUGUAUCUACGAUAAGAACAGUGUUUUCUCUAGGAUCAGACGUGUUAAAUGAAUACGAAAAGACCGAUCCAGGAUUUAAGGAAGAUUGUAUUGAAUUUGCAAUUGCAUUUGCAAAUUGGGAGGCUUCUCAGAUGGAGUAUGAUAGAUCUAGAGCCAUCUAUAAAAUUUUAAUUGAUAAAUGGCCGAAUGAUGGGAAACUGCAGAGCGGCAUGAUUGACUUUGAAAAGCAAUUUGGCGAUGUCUCAACCAUGGAGGAAAGUGUUGUCUAUAAGAGAAAAAAAGAAUAUGAGACUCUUUUAACGAAUUCUCCCCAAGAUUAUGAUUUGUGGUGGAUGUACCUCGAUUUAUUAGAAGAAAAUUUCCCUCAGGAAUUAUUACUGGGUUUCAAGAAAUCAGUAAAUAAUACGCAACCUUCAUCUAAUGUGAAGGAUGUCAACUGGAAAAGAUAUAUUUACCUGUGGGUUCGCUAUUUGGCUUAUAUCGAACUUUCAAUAAAUGAUAUUGUUAGUUGUCGCAAUUUAUUUAAAAAACUGAUAAAUGAAAUAAUACCGCACAAGUCCUUCACAUUUGGUAAAAUAUGGAUAAUGUACAGUGAGUUUGAAAUACGGCAGAACGAUAUUGGUACUGCAAGAAAGAUCUUGGGUAGGUCUCUAGGUUUAUGUCCGAAACCCAAAGUUUUUCGCAGAUACAUUGAAAUUGAAAUUUCAUUACGAGAGUUUGAUCGUGUUAGAAGGCUUUAUGAGAAGUUUUUGGAGUUCGAUCCAUCCAAUCUAAAGACAUGGAUAGCAUAUGCAGAAUUGGAGCAAAAUUUGGAUGAUGAAGAAAGAGCUAGAAGCAUAUUCAACAUACUACUAGACGAUGCUAAUGAUGUCAUAUCGAUGUCGGACUCAUCCAAGGUUAUUGUAAUAAAACGAUUUAUUGAAUUUGAAACCGAUAUGGAAGAAUAUAAUAAUGCUAGAGAGCUUUAUGAACACUAUUUGCAAUUAAGUAACUUUUCUCCGGAAGUAUGGACGUCGUACGCAAUGUACGAGAGUGCUACUCCUACUGAUGAUCAAUUGAAAGCGUUACGAGAAAAAAUGGAUGAAAAUGAAGAUGAAGAAGUGGAUUUCAAAAUUGAAGAAGUUAAUAAAGAACGUUGCAGAGCUAUUUUUGAAAGAGCUUUGAAAUAUUUCAAGGAACAAGAUGAUAAACCAAAGAGAAUACUCAUGUUGGAAGCGUUAAAGGGUUAUGAGGAUGAGUAUGGAGAUUCCCACACUCGACAGGAAACCUCUAAAAGGAUGCCACAAGAGGUCAAGAAGACAGUCAUGGAAGAUGGAAUAGAACGCGAAUUUAUAGAUUAUGUUUUUCCAGAUGAUUCCAAACUAAACCCUAAGGCAUCAAAAUUCUUAGCACUGGCUCAGAAAUGGAAUCAAGAACAAAAUGGAGAAACAGAACGUGCAUGA